AUGCAGCAGCCAAACGCCCCGGCAAAGCACACGGUAUCAGCGCCAACAUGGGCUGAACGCUGCACUGGCGGUUGGCUGGUGGAAGCCCGCCCGACAGCACCCGAAGCCGUAUCGAGCGCAGUGGGCUGUUUGGCAGAUGUGCUGGCCUGCCGAGUGGUGGUGCUGCUCAAGGCCGCUGCACCUAGGGGGCCUAAGAAAGCACCUAAGCAGCGCCCCGGGAUGCCGCAAGUUCACGACGGCGCCUGGUGCAAAGGGCCUCGCCGUGGGUGGGAGCGCAUUGGGGCUUAUCGCAACCCGACCGCCACACUGGGCACCGCGCCCUGCAGCCUGCGCCGUUCACGCACACUCCAGGGCGGCGAAGUCAGAAGGUUGCUAAUUCUGGCGCAUUCGCACGCUCAAACCCCGCCAUCGCGCGAAUUGGCGGGCGAGACGGGCGUCGAGGGUUUUCCUGGAGCGAGGCGUGCGAGGCUCCACGACGGCGCCGAUUGCCCCGCUCGACGGCCGCUAGCACGCAAGUGGACCACGCCAGCCGCAUGCGGCGUAGCAGAUUACCCCACAUUUUGGCAGCAUUCAGUGGGCCCAGACGUAGAGAUCGUCCCCGUGUCGCCCUCACCACCACGAGCCCCGAUCUGCUGCGCUUUCCGUGAUGUCCUGCGCCUGCGCCUGCUCCACGCCUCGUCACUACACCACAGAGGUUCCCCCAGCAGCCGUCGAGAACAGAAACAGAUCACCCAAGGCAAGGGAGGCCGCCAGACACAUGAAACCACUAUGCCCUCCAUGUUUCGCCUGAGCCAAGGCACCCUGGAAUUUGAUAUCACUGCUCAAUAUACUCUUUGUCUGUCGCCUGCACUGCUUCCAAUCAGAGAAAACAUGGUCCCCUUGGUGGUGCCCCUCCUGCCCCUGCAUGGCCUAAACAUACACCUUGCUUGCAGCAUGCUAUGCAUAUGUGCUUCCGUGCGAACCGAGACAUGGAAUGACGGUUAUGGCGGGAACCUUUCUCUAGUUCGUGCUGGCAGAGACCAUCCAAAGGCUACCUUGAGACGUUCUACAUAUCCGUCGAGUGGACCUCGGUCUCGCUCUGUCGCGUGGGCUAUGGAGAGGUAG